AUUAAAUUUAAUGAAAAGAGGUUUACAAUACUACUUCUCUAAAUAGAGAAUGGAAAUAUUUUUUUUAAAAGAUUGUGUCUAAGGAUUUUAAGGAGAAAUACGCAUUGUAAAACCAGGAUUUUUUGAAAAAUUUCUAUUUCCUAUGGCUUUGGCUUAUUAAAAUCUGCCAGGAUAUAGAAGAAGGUAUUUAGAGUUGUUAUUUUUAUUUAGAUUAUUACCCAAUCUUGAUGAAGAGAAGUUAGAAAAUAAAAUUUAAAGAAGAAAAGAUAUUAAAUUGUUUUAACAAAAAAUUGCAGGAAUACAUUUAGAAUUUGUUCGACCACCUAAAUUUUCCAAUCCAGCUCUUCUUAAAGAUCCAAUAGAUGAUAGAUUGAUUAUUGAUGAAGUGCAAUAAAGAUUCAAAUUACAAGUAUUAUAUACUCAUAUUUGCCAUAGAUUACAAAAAAUCAUUUGUUAUCUAUGGUUAAUAAAAUUACUACCUAUGGAUAAUUUACAUUAUAAAUUGAAAAUUAUUACAGUCCAGAAUUACAAGAUUAUACAACAUUUCAAAUUACAGUAGUGACUAAAAAACCUAUAAUGAAAGUCUAAAAGUUAAUUGAUGAAGUAUCUACAAAGGAUGAAUAAAAUAAAGAUGAAAGCAAAGAAAAAUUGGACUAGAAAGUUGUUAAAUAAGCAAAAGAGAAGGAAACCUAAAAGUGAAAAAAUUAUUAUAAUAUAAAUAAAUGAG